UGCCUAUGUAGUUAUCUCUAUAUCACAUGAAGCUUGUUUAUUGUCUAAGUUCACGAGGAAAGUAAAGAAAAGAACACACACCAAAAAAAGAAGAAAUUCAUGAUUCUCAGUUUAAUUUUAAGAGAAAUCAAUUAUUUUCGCUCCGUCCUCAAGUCCAAACCUCCGUUCUUGAAUUUCUUUGUUACAGGCUCUCAUUACACGGAGGCCUACGUCUUGUUAAUACAUAAAAUACCCCUUCAGUUUCUAGGGUAGCUAAUCGCCAUGGACAUAGACAUGGAUCGUCCGAGUACUCAUCGUUCAAAUUAUGAGUGCUAUCCGUACCUUUCCAAGGAAGAAUUUGCUGAAGUGUGCCAUUACCUCGAUAGGAAAUACUGUCAAGCUGAGCUGGGACCUUUGCGAAGACAAUGGCGCCUCCAUGUUCAUACGGCGCUCGAGCUGUCAUUUGACGCAGGGCCGGACCGCACAACAUUCUUACAGAUAACCAGGCCCUUGGAGGAUAGAAAGCUUGCCGAAGAUGAUCUUGCUGCAAAGUUAGGAGACGUCUCUUUGGGCGAAGAUCAAGAAUCAUGCAUGCAGGUAGCCGCCGACAGUGUCAUGGCUGACAUGGAAAAUUCAGAUAAGGAGAUCCUCUCCAGACCGCCGACCCGACCAAACUUCCGAGUCAGCCAUGUCAAGUAUGAGAUACAUCUCCACCCAACGUAUCGUGCACCCUGCCUCUGGUUCAGCCUACAUAACCUGCCAGCCAUCGAACCAGCAUUCGAUAUCGAGACUGUUUUCCGCCGUAUUGUUCCAGAGCAGUACAAGAAUCCUCUUCGGCAAAUGGGCCCUAUAGGUGGCAUCUCAAUCGAUCAUCACCCCAUCACCGGGCUCCCUUCGUUCUUCGUCCACCCAUGCGUCCUCGGAGACGCUAUGAUGGGAUUUGACUGCUCCAAAGAAGACUACCUUAUGGUAUGGCUUGGUUUGGUGGGUGGGUGCGUUGGACUCUGGGUUCCUCGGCAAAUGGCCAUGGCCAAUGGAGGAUGAGCUCUCAGAUAGAAGGCUGAAAACAGCGCAGCACACAUCCCGAAAUCUGAUAAU